AUGGCAACCUCAGGUCUCCGCCGGGCGCUUGCCCCCUUCCUUGGAUUUUUGGCAUUGAGCACCGAGGUUCAAGCUCUCCUGACUGUCAACGAGACUUCGUCAAACAUCAUUCUUGAGAAUGACAGGCUCUAUCUCUCGUUGGACAAGUCAAAGGGUGUCAUUACCGACCUCGCCCUGGACGACCAAGAUCUCCUCGGCCCUGUGAGCGGAUCAACCGGCAUCGGUCCCUACCUUGACUGUUACUGCACUCCUUCAGGCUUUUAUACUCCUGGAUCGAUAGCUCCCGAUUUCCAAAUCUUCCAGGGAAAUGACUCUGAGGGUGUUCCGUACGCUGGAGUCGUCAUGGGUGAAACCUACCCAGCGACUGGACAGCUUCUGGAGUUUUACUACUUCUUGCGCGAAGGAGAGACGGGCCUGCACACUUUCAGCCGUCUUGCGUACUACAAUGAGACGACUCCAUUCCUCCGCAACUUGCAAGAGUUCCGCACGCUUUUCCGUCCAAACACGGCGCUCUGGACUCAUCUCUCAACCAACGAGAAGACGUACGCGCCCCUGCCAUCCAAGGACGCCGUUUCGAAGCAGGUCGUUGUCCAGGAUGCUACCUGGUCCCUUUUGAAUACGCCCAACGACCCUUACGUGGAGCAGUGGGCAGACUACUUCACAAAGUACACUUUCCAGGCUCAAUGGAGGGACCAUAGGGUCCACGGAAUGUUCUCCGAUGGCUCAACCAGCGCGACCAACGCCACUUUCGGAGCUUGGACUGUCAUGAACACUGUCGACACGUACUUUAACGGGCCAAAGAACUCUGACCUGACGGUUGAUGGCAUUGUCUAUAACUACAUUGCUUCCAACCACCACGGAAACGGCACGCCCAACAUCACCAACGGCUUUGACCGCACCUUUGGCCCCUUCUACUACCACUUCAACAGCGGCAAGCCCGGCACAACCCUGCAAGAACUCCGCGACGACGCGCUGCAAUACGCCGACCCGACGUGGAACGCGCAAUUCUACGACGACAUCGCCGAGUACGUCCCCAACUACGUCCCGACCUCCGGCCGCGGCACCUGGCAAGGCGUCGUCACUCUGCCCCGCAGCGGCAGCACCAACACCACCACCUGGAGCCGACCCAUCGCCAUCCUGACGACGACGGGCGUCGACUUCCAAGACAACGUCGUCGACACGAAAGCGUACCAAUACUGGGCCGACCUCAGCAUCAUCUCCAACAACGCCAACGGCACCAUCGCCAGCGUCGAGAUCCCGCGCGUCAAAGCCGGCACGUACCGCCUAACCAUCUACGCCGACGGCCUCUUCGGGCAGCACGUGCUCGACGACAUCGUCGUCACCGCCGGCUCCAAGACGACCACAACCACCACCUUCACCGAGGAGAGCGCCGGGCACGAACUCUGGCGCAUCGGCACGCCCGACCGCUCGAGCGGCGAGUACCGGCACGGCGUGGCGCUCGACACGACCAAACCACUACAGCCCGAGCAAUACCGCGUGUACUGGGCCAAAUACGACUUCCCGACCGAGUUCCCCGACGGCGUGGCGUUCCGCGUCGGCGAGAGCGACGCGGCGCAGGACUGGAACUACGUGCACUGGAGCUCCGUCGGCGGCAAGGGGAAUGCGAUUCGCACCGAGACGCUGUUCGCGCCGACGAUUAGCAACUGGUCGAUCUUGUUCGAUGCCGGCGCGGCCGAGCUGGAGAGGAGUGUCGCGGGUGGUGGCAAGAACGAGGCGACUUUCACCGUGCAGCUGGCCGGCGCGAAGACGGCGGCAGGUAAUACGGACGUGUAUAACGCGACCGAGCCGUAUUCGAACUUGCCGUAUGUCGUCACGGUGAACGGGCACGAGUUGGAGCCUUGGGUUAUUCCGUACAAGCAUUCCAGUUCCUGCGCCGUUCGCUCGGCUAUCAGCUGCUACAAUAUCGCCCACAAGUUCGUUUUCGAGACGGGCUGGCUCAAGGAGAAGGACAAUGAGAUUGUUCUGCGCCUUCCUAUGGAUGCCAUGGACUAUGAAUCUGCAGUUCUGCCUCAGCAGGUAUACGUUCAGUACGAUGCCUUGAGGCUGGAGUUGCAGUGA